AUGUCAAUGCCCGCUUCAACGGACGCAGCCAGCCUGGACUCUAAGCCGCAGGCACGUGAACAUGUGCGCGUGGCUGCCAGUGAUGAACAAUCCAUCUCAACGCCGCUGGCUGCGGUCCAAUAUCGGUCCGCGAUCAUGGAGAAGGUACCGACAUCAGAGGAGAUCGACAUGGUGAAGUCGCGGACGGCCUUGCCAUGGCACCGCGCCAACUCCACCUCAGUGCCCGUCUACCACGCCUCACGGACAGCGGUCUUCGUCUCGACGGCCAAGAGGACCGCAUUGUUUCCGGAGGGGCAGCCUGAGGUCGACUUCGUGGAAGAGCACCCGGGAACCAACAGCGCAAGCACCGCCGACGCGGUGACUGCAGCAGCUCCGCCAGGGUUAGCCUCCUUUUUUUCUGGCCGAAUGCUGGGCCGAGUAUGA